UAGGGAAAAGUGGUAACCGACACACGGGAUAUAUUAGUAUCAUUUUCAUUAUUUCCAUGAAAAAUAGGUAUCACUUAUUGAUACAGGACAUUAAGUUUGUAUGUAACAUGACAUUGUGACAAAUGAACCAAGGGAGGUAACUCUACGGCUACAGUGCCGUCAUCUUCCAAAAGUGCCGUCAAACGUCAUCUACGGGGUUUACACAUUCCACUGCACGAUCCUCGCCAUUUUUAGAAGACUGGGCAAGCUGACGUUGUCAUUAUUCUCCCCAGCAGAUCUCUCAAGCCGCAGUCUACUGUCUGCGCUGCCAACACCAGACAGGAUCCCCCAUCCUGAUCUUGCACCUACUACGAUUGCAGCCCUUCAAGCAGGUGAAAGGAGCAGCCAGAUUUUUAACUCUGUAUUGAAGCAGUGUGAAACAGUUUACACAACUGUUUAUCCAUCAAUGUCAUCUUCACCAUACUAUCAAUCAAUCGCCAGGAGGAUGGUGGCAAAAUAUCCUUCAUUGGCCUAUGCACAUGGCAAGACACUUUGGAGCUUUUUUGUGUCCAAAUUGAGUCAGCGAUGCCGCACCAAUAGAUUUCAAAACAAUGCAAAAUCAACAAGACCUGCGCCUAAGGAUUCUGAAGAUGCACAACCUCAGAAGUUGUUCAAGAUGGCUAAUAAAUCAUCAGGUGUGAUAUCAGAGAAAGAUUUUGCAUCCCAUCUUGAUGAAAUAAAGAAGGAAUGGGAAGGAAAGCAAUCAAUUACUCAUCUGCAAACUCUACUAAAACAGACAAGACAAUUUCGCAAAGAGUGGCAAACCACCUUGAAGCCUGAGAAGAUUGAGCCCAUUUUAGAAAAGUUCCCUUGUUUUGAGGAAGGAUGCUUUUUGGUGUAUGAAUUCUUUUGCCAACGCAGUGAUGAUCCAGAGGAAGCGAGGGAAGAAAUUGCCAGAAAUAUGAAAUGGAUAAUGCACACUGUCGUAUCUAAAAAAACUGCACCUGAGGCAUGUAUUAAUGGCUCCAGAAAACUCAAGAUGGUACUGAUGCUGAAAAAAGCAUCCAACUGUUCCGGGAUUUGUAGAAGCUUGUUUCCAAGCAAAAGGGCAAGGGUUUGAAGUCAAAGACCUGCAUUACCAUAGUCAAUGAUGUGAAGAGUGUGGAAACAGUUCCUCAAAAACAUCUGCACAGCCAAGUGGAAGAGGCUCCUCAUCUUGUGGUCUUCCUUGACAGCUCAAAACACAUCCUAUGCCAGUACAUUGUGGAAGAGGC